AUGAGACGACUUCGUGUGCUAAAUGUUGCCGAAAAAAAUGAUGCAGCGAAGGAAAUAGCACGGGUAAUGUCUAGAGGAUCAUGUCGUAAGAGGGAAGGAAGAUCGAAGUACAACAAAAUCUACGAGUUUCCAUUUGACUUGUUCGGAAACAACUGUCAGAUGGUGAUGACUUCAGUGUCGGGGCAUCUGAUGAACAACGAGUUUACUACCAUGUACAAGAGUUGGAAAUCUUGCUCUCCAGUCGCUCUUUUUACUGCUAGAAUAGAAAAAUACUGUUUGGAAAACUAUUUGCCUAUCAAGGCGACUCUUGAAGAAGAGGCUACAAUGAGUGAUGUAUUGAUUUUAUGGACUGAUGGUGACAGAGAAGGCGAAUCGAUUGCUUAUGAGAUUAUGGAAGUCUGCUGCACUGUCAACUCUCGACUCGAUGUCCACAGAGCUCGAUUCUCAGAAAUAACACCACAAUCUAUCUACAGAGCCUGUCAGCACCUGGACGUCAUUGAUCUACAUGUUGUUGAUGCAGUAGAUGUAAGGCAAGAACUAGACUUGAGAAUAGGUGCUGCAUUUACUCGAUUUCAAACACUUUAUUUGAAGAAGAAGUUUCCCGAGGCUUUAGAAGACAAGCUCAUCAGUUAUGGUUCGUGUCAGUUUCCAACUCUUGGUUUCGUCACUGAGAGAUUUAAACAAAUCGAAGAUUUUGUUCCAGAAUCAUUUCACAAGAUCAAAGUGACUUAUGAGACAACUGAAGAUGUGGUAAUGUUUCAUUGGAAAAGAGUUCGUGUCUUUCGGAAACUAGCUUGCCAGAUACUUUAUGACAUGUGUCUUGAGAAUCCAACAGCUCAUGUACUCUCUAUAAGUAGCAGACACAAAAGCAAGUGGAGACCACAAGCACUUGAGACAGUGGAACUCGAAAAACUUUCAUCAAGAAAACUUCACAUCAAUGCCAAAGAAACAAUGCGAAUAGCAGAGAAACUCUACACUCAAGGUCUCAUUAGUUACCCACGCACAGAAACAAACAUGUUUCCUUCAUCUAUGGAUUUAAAUUCUAUUAUACAAGAGCAGACACAAGACCAGCACUGGGGAGCGUUUGCUUCGGAGAUAUUGGCACAUGGAGGAGCUACACCUCGGAAUGGCCACAAGACUGACAACGCUCAUCCUCCUAUUCAUCCAACCAAACAUACAAAUCACUUGCAGGGAAAUGAACAGAGAAUCUACGAACUGGUUGCAAGACAUUUCCUUGCUUGUUGUUCGAAGGAUGCUCAUGGCCAGGAAACAACAGUAGAAAUUGAAAUAGCAGGAGAACGGUUUACAGCUCAGGGACUGAUGAUAACAGCCAGGAAUUAUCUUGAUGUCUAUCCCUAUGAUAGAUGGUCUGACAAGACUAUACCUGUGUUUCAACAAGGACAGACCUUUCAGCCUACACAGCUUGAGAUGGUGGAGGGUGAAACAUCUCCACCUCAUCCACUGCAAGAAGCUGAUCUCAUUGCUUUGAUGGAAAAGCAUGGAAUAGGUACUGAUGCUACACAUGCUGAGCACAUUGAGACCAUCAAACUACGAGAGUAUGUUGGUUGCACAAAUGACGGCUCAUUUCUUCCAGCUCAACUUGGUCUGGGUCUAGUCAAUGGAUAUGAUGCCAUGGGAUUCCAAAUGUCUAAACCACACUUGCGAGCUGAACUGGAAGCAGAUUUGAAGCAUAUAUGCAAUGGAGUGAAGAGAAAAGAAGAUGUUUUGCCUCUUCAUAUUGAUAAGUACAAAGAUGUCUUCAAAAGGGCCUGUGAACAGGCACAUCGUCUGGAUGAAGCGCUUCUUGAGUUCUUUGGAGAACCAGCUGAUGUGCCUCAGGAUGAAGUUACUAUCACUACAGGAGAUCCAGUUGUGAGACACUGUCCAGCUUGUAAUGAUGCGGACAUGUUGCUGCGUAUUUCAAGAGAUGGACGAUAUUUCAUUGGCUGUGCUGGCUACCCUUCGUGUCGGGCAUGUGCUUUUUUUUCAACAUCUGUUACAAGUGUGGCCGUCACUGAAGAUGUUUGCUCUAGGUGUCAGCCUGCGCCUGUGGUUAAGGUUCGUUUGAAAUGCAGGCGUGGUACUUUGCCACCUCAUAUAGUUCAAGAAGAUGGAGAGUAUCUCGUCUGUGUUGGUGGAUGUGAUCAAACUAUUGUACAAGCUCUUGAUGUGAGAGUAAGAACCAAUACUAGAGAACAUGCCAGCAUAGCUGCAUCUGAUCAAGAAAGUCAACCAUUUGUGCCCAUUUCUCAACAACAUCAACGAUGUUUGAACAGCAGAUCACUUCAACAUGGACAGUCUCAGAAUAACAGAGAUGCAUAUUCUCCUUUUGGUUGUAAUAGCAGCGGUUUCUCUUCGAGUAGAAACAUGUCACAGGGAUUAGGAACUUCUACUGGUAGCAAUUUAGCUUUUCAUUCUGAUGGAGGUUUACAUCAGAGCUCUGCUGGUACCAACAGUCGUUUGUGCUCUGAUAGUGCUAUUGUGUGUAGCUGUGGAACACCAGCAGCUAGGAAAACAACUCGAAAGGCAGGUCCAAAUCAAGGUCGUGAUUUUUUCUGUUGUGUCAACAGUCGCUGCAACUACUUUACAUGGGUUGACUCAGAACCAAACACAUCAACUGGAGUAAGUAGUCCAUUCACUGGCGGCUUCAGCAGUGGAAAUCUGAUGUCUCAACAUCCAGUUGGUGAUAGACCAUUUGUACACAAAGAUACAGUAGCUCGGUCACAGUGUAAUGACGUAAUGGCUGCGGGUUCUCGUACAUUUCCUACAGUGAUGUGUGACUGUGGACAGCUAGCAGCUCGAAGGACAACACACAAAAGUGGCCCUAAUCAGGGACGAGAUUUCUUUUGUUGUGAAAACAGGUCUUGUAACUUCUUUUUGUGGGCUGAUUCAGAACAAGCUGCGGCUGCUGUGUCAAAUCAGAGCUCCUCAUUUGGUGGAACUUUGUAUGGAAACUCAAGUGACAGAAGCAGUGGUUCUCUUUUCUCUGUUCAAUCAUCAUCACAGCCAACAGGUUCCAUGCAACAGAGCAACAGCAGAACUGAUGAUAGUGAAAAUGCAGUAGUAUGCAGCUGUGGACAGCCUGCAGUAAGGAGGACAACUCGUAAAGCAGGACCCAAUCAAGGACGAGACUUCUUUGUUUGUAUGAAGCCUCAGGAGAGUCGCUGUGAUUUCUUCAUCUGGGCUGAUGCACAACAGGGCCCUUCAACUUGGAACACUAGUUUGUCUGAUAAUUCAGGCUCCACGUGGUCUGAUUCCAAGAGGAAGAAGGUGAAACAAAAAGGAAGGAAAUUUUAUCAGGACGAGAACGAUUGUUGGUUUGGUGGACCAAAUACAGUUCAAAAACGAAAAUGUAGUAAUUGCCAACAAAUAGGUCAUGACCGACGAACAUGUCCUCGUCUGCAGUGAAACAGAACAGUGGAAUUUGUUUCUAAUUCACACAACUUGCAAAUAGGAGCCCCUUGAGCCUGUGACUAGUUUGUUUUUGCGAUAUAUGUAGCUGUCUAUAUAA